GUAUCAGCUCCACCGGUGCAAAUCCACCAGGAUGGGCGCCGGCGCCGAGGACGGAGACAUCCUACCUCGAUAUACGUCGUACGGGUUCGUGCUAUCGUCCAUGGUGCAUGUGAAUGGCGUAGAAGUCUUUGCGGCAUCGUCGGAGGUAUAUCGAUGGAAGCUUCGUUGCAUUCGAACCAAGAUGCGCCAUCACCAAUACGACGACGACACGGCCUUUCUGCAAGACGUGCACAUGCUGCUGCGGUGUGUGUCGGCGCCUUUCGUACGAGAUAGUCUUACACGCAAUGUUAUCGCGUCCAUGACGUGUAUGGGGCUUGGUAACGGUCUCCCAGUUCUUGAUAUCAACGACGUAAGACCAGUACCUUCCGCCACAACGGCUCCAAUCCUCGGCAACAUCAUACGCCGCAACAAGGAGUUGACGCAAAAACGCACGACCGACAGUGCUCAAGCGCUUAAGGCGUCCCUCGCAGCCCUGGAAGCGUUAGCGUCCCCACCGCCGUUAGAUCUCGCGAAGGCGCAUCCCUCGCUCCUGAGGCGAACAUCGUCCAUGCUCAAAGCUAAGAAGGCCAUGGAUCAAUGCACCAAAAAGCCUAAAACAGCAUCCAAGAACAAUGAGAACAUCGUGUACAAGGAUGGGAAAAAAGUGUAUAUUCCGCUCGAAUCGGAGAUAGAGGAUGAAGAAGUGCUCAAGGUGUUGGGACCCCGUCGACGACAGGUCGAAGUGAGCAUGUGCUCUCAUCUCCAGGGCAAGCAUGUGACACUCUACUCGGUCAAGCGCGACCGCUUUGUGAGCGAAGAAGCUCUCGGUGAGCUGCGAGACGGCCAAGUUUUCGACAUUCUAUCCAAGAAAUUACUCAGCUUUGAACGGUUCUUUGCGACACAUGUCAAAUCGAAUCGACAGGGUCGGGUCGCGUGCCAGCACAUUUGCCUCCUGACGCCGAUACGACAGAGCGUGGACCUCCAUCUUCUGGCAUGCGAUCAUUACAAAGGAUGCAGUGGUGCUGUACCCGACGACCCGGGGUCUGAACUUACCACCGACGAAGAUGUUCCGCUCUCCAAACUCGUCGAGAAUGACCCCAAUGGAGCCCAGAACCAUAAAGACCGUCCUCGUAACCCCGAGAAGACGCCGUCCCACCAGAAACGCAGACGAAAUCGACACACACAAGACGCACCAAACCCCCUGGCGGAGUUGAUCGAGCUACGGACCUCAAAACGGCUGAUGGAGGUGUCGCCGUCACCCUCGUCGCCUCGAAAAAGUGCCAGGACACAGAAGGCAUUGGAGCGGACGAGCACCCGCAUGAUUGAAUUAUCAACGCCCGCUGUGCGUCGUAAAUUACGUAAUUAAUUCGCCAAAUUUUCCC